AUGGCCACAUCAUUAACAAUUCAAAAACUCAUGCUGUUGCUCAAAAUAUGCCUAGUCCUUUUCAGUGUGACAACAAUAGCCACAAAGGAUGCAUCGAGUGAAACCGUGGGACCCAUAUUCAUAUUGGGGGAUUCAAUAGUAGAUGUUGGCACAAACAACUACCUCAAAAACUGCAAAGCACAAGUCAAUCGCCCAUAUUACGGGGUCGAUUAUCCAGGGUCAAUAGCAACUGGAAGGUUCAGCAAUGGCUUCAACCCUGCCGAUACUAUCGUGCAACUUUUGGGUGGCUACGAAGAAAGUCCGCCGCCAUUUCUUGCACUCCUUGCACAUAGUUCCAACCUUACGGGAGACUUACUUCAGGGAGUGAACUUUGCUUCCGGAGGUGCGGCUAUUAUUACAGGAAUUGGGACCGAUCUUGUGGGGAAUGUGAUAUUUAUGGAUGAACAAAUUCAACAAUUUGCAACGGUUCAAGGAAACAUAACCACAUUACUAGGCGCGUCAAAAGGUCAACUUCUGAUUCAAAAUUCAAUGUACAUCAUUUGUGUUGGAAGCAACGACAUCAUGAACUACGUAUUAUAUCAUCCUACAACCCCCGAGGUUUUCAUCGCCAACAUUACAGCCACCUUCGCCAUUCAACUAGAGAACUUAUAUAAGCUAGGAGCAAGAAAGUUUGGAAUAAUGGGUGUUCCACCAGUUGGAUGUUGUCCAGUUUCCCGUGCAUAUACCGGUAGUGGUGAUUGUGGACCGAUAUCUAACGGUUUGUCUGCAACGUUCUACACAGCAUUAAAAUCCCUUUUGAAAAAUUUGAGCUCUACACUCGAAGGAUUCAAGUACUCACUUGCGAACUCAUACAAUAUGACUAUGAGUGUCAUUGAAAACCCCCCACCUGGUAAAUCCAAACCAUUAAUUUUUUUUUUUUUCACAUGCAUAUUUCUGACUCUAAAGUGGCAUGUUUUCACAGAGUUUAAAGACGUUAAAACAGCAUGUUGUGGGAAUCACUCAAUAGACGGAAUAAAGGACUGCAAGGAAGGAGGGUAUCUUUGCCAAAAUAGGGAUAAUCACUUGUUUUGGGAUGCAUUUCAUCCUUCUCAGGCAGCCUCCAAACUGUCAGCUAAAGAGAUGGUUUUUGGUGAAGAUCCGAAUUUUGUGACUCCAAUCAAUUUUAGCACUUUGAGAAAAGCUUGA